GUCGGUUCGUGUGGUUCCGGUACACGGCGUAUUUGCGUGGAAAGUGAACAUGAAAACACUCAUAUUUUUCGUAAUAGUCCUUAGCGCACUUACCAUAACGGUAAAGACGAGUUUGGAUUUUCGUAACGCCGUUUGCAUUAGCACCAAUCGGUCGAGCCUUUAUUUCGAUACUUGCAUUCUGAAAGCGGUCAAUCGCUCGUACAAGUACUUCUCGAUGCGUGCGAAAUUUCCCCAAAAGAAACCAGUUCAUAACAUUUCGAUGUCGUUUGCCUUGCUGCGUAAAGCAAAUGGAUACAAACCGUUUCUGUACAACUUCACCAUAGACGCCUGCAAAUAUUUGAAGAAGCGUGCCAAUCCGGUUGUACGGUACUUUCACAGCUGGUUCGAGAAGUACUCCACCAUAAAUAGGACUUGCCCAUAUGGUCCACAAGACGAGGUUGUUGAAAAGCUGCCCAUCAGUUAUGUCAACCAUGUGGCAACGCAGGUGCUGCCCUUACCAACAGGGGAGUAUACCUUUCACACCGACUGGUAUUUCUAUGGCAUUAAAGUGGCUAUUGUGAAGGUCUUUUUUCAAAUUUCCUAGAGAGAACCAACGUAAAUAUUUUGGAAUAAUGCGACACAAAUCUUGCCUUUGUGCUAUAAAUGUAUUUAUUAUUGGUUGAUCUUCAAUAAAGC